AUGGUGUACCAUAGUUUCGACUCCGCGAUUGAUGAUCCGCAUAACUACUAUCCGUCGGAGUUCCUUAACACAUUGACUCCCAACGGGCUUCCUCCACAUUUGCUAAAGCUCAAGAUCGGCUGCCCGAUCAUAUUGCUUAGGAGUAUCGACCCUACGAAUGGGUUGUGCAAUGGUACAAGGUUGGUGGUUCGAGGCUUCCAAAAAAAUUCAAUCGAUGCUGAAAUUGUGCUGGGACAGCAUGCCGGAAAGAGGGUUUUCCUUCCUCGAAUACCGUUGUGCCCCUCUGACGAUGAGAUGUUCCCAUUCCAAUUUAAGAGGAAGCAGUUCCCUAUUAGGCUCAGCUUCGCCAUGACGGUCAACAAGUCACAGGGCCAAACUAUACUAAAUGUGGGUGUGUACCUGCCCGCCCCUGUGUUCUCUCAUGGUCAAUUGUAUGUUGCUAUGUCUAGAGCAACAACCAUAACGAAUAUCAAGAUCCUCGCCCUCCCACCUAACGCAGAGGCAGACGAGGAACAUACUAAAAAGAAGGAAAAGAAAACUGCUAAUAAGAAAGUGAAUGGUCAGGGUAAUCAAAAUAACAAUGAACAAAAAGGUAGUUCAGAGAAGAAGAAAAGGGUACCAACAGUAGAUGGCACGUAUACGAAGAAUAUUGUAUACAAGGAGGUUCUAACACCUUAG